UCGUUUGCAUUUUGAUGCUUAACAUGAGCAUAAAAAUCAUUAUUUCGUCAUUCUAACAAAUUGAAGUUUAAGUGUUUACAACUAACGUUUUGCUUAUCGGCAUUUAUCCUGUUUCUCCACAUGGUGGCAGUCUUACACUAACUGCCACCAUGGAACACCGACGUGAAGCAGAAGAAGAAGAAGAAGAAGAAGCAACAUCCUGCUGCGUUCAAACUCACAAGCGGGACAACAACAGCUUUCUAUGCUCCAUAAACAGCACUAGCUAACAUGGAAUUUGACGGGAGCCUCUUACUCCAGUGUACAGGCGACGCAAAGAUGGCCACUCAGGCAGAUCACAAACACCCCAUGACUCUCCACUGUCAACAGUGCAACACGGUCUUGGGGGACUCUCUCGGCGUCUGUGGGGAAAUUAAGUGUUUGGAUUCUAUCAUGUGUCUCAAAGUAACCAACGAUGUGGUCGUCGGUGAUACAACGGAGUCCAGACAUAAAGGGGAAAUGAAUAACUGUAUCUACAGCUCACUAAAAUGCAGCGGCUGCCGCUCCACUGUGGGCAAAGUUAUUCACUCAGCCCCACCGCGUUUGGCCACGGUGCGCUCCAUAUUUCUCCUCAACAAAGCAAACAUCAGUUGUUACAUCCUCAACAGCAGCUCAAUGGUGAAAGCAUCCACACUGACAUUUGACCUGAAGUCCGUCGGAGAACGCGUUAAUGAGGUGAGGCAGCAGUUUGAAGCGCAGUUGGAUCAGAUGUCUCGUAUCAAGAGCAAACUGGCCAACAGGAGAGGCACUAGUGCUUUGGACAAGUAGGGCGUACGAGUAAUCCAGACUGCAUCGAGUCCUGGGAUCAGGGGCCGUGUUUUCUCCAAUCAGCUCUCCAGUUUGUGAUGCGUUGGUGGGUUUUUUUCCAUGAUGUGUGUGCAUUAAACUUUUUUUUGUUUGUUUUUUAAUGGA